GAACACACACACAGACACACUCACCCCUUAAUAGUAAAAAGCCAAAUCUCAAUCAAUAUUUUCCUAUUUUCUGUCUCAUCUCUUUACAAAAAAUUUCAAGCCUCCACGUGUCAUAGGGGUUAGGAUGGGUUUGGGUUUGGGUUUGGAUUUGGUUGAGUUAGGGGUUAAGAAAGAAAUGGGUCUAAAGAGGGUUUUUGUAAAAAGUAACCUACUAUAACCGGUAAACAUAACACUUUUACCGACUAAUCCGGUUAUGUGGUGUUAACAACGUAGCUAUAAAGGGUUUAAGGGUACUGUUUCAUGGGUAUUGGUGGGUUUUUGUGUCUUAAACUCUUCUAUCUACUAUUCUAUCUAUUCUUUUGUUUUCUUCCAUCUCAUCUCAAUCACAUAACAAUUAUUUCUUUUUUUCUUUUCUUUUCUUUUCUUUUCAUUUUAAAUAAAAAAUAAUCAAAAUUCAAGAACAAAGAACAAAAAAUAUAACUUGAGGAUUUUGUGUUUUCAGUUGCAAAUUCUGUUUAGAUCUUAGACAUUUUUUUCUCUGUCAGAAAAAAAUUGGUUACCUCGGAAUUUUCGUUACGUGAUCGCAAUUUGAUUCCUCGGAUCGUUGUUCGAAUGUUGUUUUUACAAGAGUGACGAAGAUCUCGUGUAUUGAUGCUUCUGAUUAUUUGAUGAGAGAUAUAUCUUUAAACUAUGGUGUUGAAGAAGAGGGUAAAUAAUGGAUUCACUGGCUUUCAAGUUCCGGUUAUUCCUAAAGCUCCUAGAUCUGCAAGAGGAAGGGGUGCAUUAAACAAAACGGUUGAGGAUGGUCAAGUUUGUGCUUUUGAAAUAUUGGCGUCGAUAGCUGGCAAGCUAUUGGAGGAAAGUGAAAGUUCUGCUUCUAGCAAUGCAUCCGAAGCAAAUAGCCAAGGUGUCAUUGUGCAAGAUCGACAAGAUGAAGGUAAACCAUCGAUGAUGGAGGGAAUUCAUCAAGGAACCUGUACAGAUAGUAUAUUUACAACUGACGUAGCCUCACAAAACCGUGAUCAGAAACCUCUUCUGCACGUGAAGUCCGAUUUUUCAUUGGAAAAAGUUGAAAUAGCUAAUGUGAAGACUGAAACGGUUGAAUCAUAUAAUAAAUAUGGAAGUUAUACUAAUAGAUUAGUAGAAGCACCUGAAAAUUUCAGGGAGUCUUGUAACAGGAAAAUUAAGAAAGGAUUCAGAUCCGAUAAAUGUGGUUUGAAAGAUCGGCUAGAAUUGUACAUGUCUCCUUCUCUGGCCGACUCAAAAACUAAUGUAAAAUAUCCACUUCAUAGGAAGCCUUUCCCCACCGAUUCCUUUGCCAAGCGUGGGAAUGGCAUUAAGAUAGAUUUUAGAGAUGAUGACGAAAACUUUUUAAGGUGCACAAAGGUUUGCACUAAGUCGAAGGCUUUUAGGUCUCCACGACGCAUGGCACACCGCAGAAUCAAGAAUCUGCUGUCUUCUAAAUACUGGAACGUUGCUCCAAAGUUGAAGGACUGUGAACUUUCUAGAUCUGAUCUCGAAGUACCUCUUUAUCGUAAGAGGAAGACUUGUAACAAUUCCGACAGAUCUCGCCACAGCACCAUUGUUAAGAGGAGGAAAUUCUUUGACCGGGUUUCUGGAGUAACUUCUGAUGGAGGAUUUAGCAGCGAGAGUGUGUCAAAUUCGCCUGAGAAAGGAAUGGAUGGACACAAGCCUAGCUCCUCUUCGAAACUGCAAGUAACCGAGGAUUCUCAUGUGAAAUUUCGCAUUAAGUCGUUUAAGAUACCAGAGCUUUACAUCGAGGUUCCCGAAACUGCAACUGUUGGUUCACUAAAGAGGACAGUCAUGGAGGCAGUUAUGGCUAUAAUUGGAGGCGGUAUGAAUGUCGGUGUUCUUCUUCAGGGAGAAGACAUUGGAGAUGACAAUAGAACACUUGAGCAGACUGGUUUAUCUUGCAAUGAGAAUCUGGAUGCCCUCAGUUUCAUGUUGGAGCCUAGUUCUCUACUAGCUUCUCUUCCUGUUUCUUGUGUUGGUGAUCCUUCUUCUCAAUGCGAAACAUCCGAACCUAUCAGGUCUCCGGAAACUCCUGCAUUAGAUUCAGGGAUAUCUGAUCCCGUGUGUGACAUCAAUUUGCCGACAAAUCAAGACACUCUAGUUGAAAAUAACCAUGACUCUACUUGUUCUCCCACUGACACCAUAGUUGACAAAAUAACACCAGAUCAUUCCAGAGCGAUUGUUGCUCUUCCGGCUAGUACCGAACCAUUAGCUAUGGUCCCUGUGAGUCAGAAAGUCAAGCGUUCCGAGUUUAUACAUCGUCGAACCAGGAGACCAUUCUCUGUAACUGAGGUAGAAGCACUUGUUCAUGCAGUUGAAGAACUUGGGACUGGAAGGUGGCGUGAUGUUAAGUUGCGAGCUUUUGAGAAUGCUGAUCAUAGAACUUAUGUAGAUUUAAAGGAUAAAUGGAAAACACUAGUGCACACUGCGAAAAUCUCCCCUCAACAAAGGAGAGGAGAGCCGGUACCUCAGGAGUUAUUGGACAGAGUUUUAGGAGCACAUGCUUACUGGUCUCAGAACCAAAUCAAGCAACAUGGAAAGCAUCAAGGUGGAACAGGAGCAACAUUGAAGAUUACAGAAACCUCAGCGGAAAGGGUGUCCAUUCAUGUGUAGAAAGAAAGGGACUUAUGUAUGUUGUUGAACAGUAAAAGAAGAAAACAAAACUUGUACAUUUUGAUUUAAUUUCAUGUAAUAUUCUCACAGCAAAUUCUUUGCCAACCGUUAAUUUCAUUUGGGUUGGUAUUUUGUAAAUGAUUUGAUGCAAUAAAGGUUACUCUAACAGGAACUUAUGCUGUUCUUUGAUUUUUAAUUUUUUUGUUAAUUCAUUUUUCAUUUGUAUGUAAUGUAACAAUUGUCUAAAGAAUAUGACACAAGAAAAAGAAAAAUUAUUUCCUUCUUAUA